GCGGAACCUGAAGCGAUGGGGCGCGCUCGCGGGGCGGUCGUUGGAGCCUCCUGAGGUGGGCGCGGGGUGGUUCGCCGCGGCAGUUUCAACUGGCGACCUCGGGCCGGCGCCUAAGAGGUCAGACCACGGACUCCGCGGGUCGCUGUAGGCCCCGCCGUGAGUCGGAGGCAAUGGAUGAACAGAGUGUAGAGAGCAUUGCUGAGGUUUUUCGAUGUUUCAUCUGUAUGGAGAAAUUGCGGGAUGCACGCCUGUGUCCUCAUUGCUCCAAGCUUUGUUGUUUCAGCUGUAUCAGGCGCUGGCUGACAGAGCAGAGAGCUCAAUGUCCUCAUUGCCGUGCUCCACUCCAGAUACGAGAACUAGUAAACUGUCGUUGGGCAGAAGAAGUAACACAGCAGCUUGAUACUCUUCAACUCUGUAGUCUCACCAAACAUGAAGAAAAUGAAAAGGACAAAUGUGAAAAUCAUCAUGAAAAACUUAGUGUAUUUUGCUGGACCUGUAAGAAGUGUAUCUGCCAUCAAUGUGCACUUUGGGGAGGAAUGCACGGUGGACAUACCUUUAAACCUUUGGCGGAAAUUUACGAGCAGCAUGUUACUAAAGUGAAUGAAGAGGUAGCUAAACUUCGUCGGCGUCUCAUGGAACUAAUCAGCUUAGUUCAAGAAGUGGAAAGAAAUGUAGAAGCUGUAAGAAAUGCGAAAGAUGAGCGUGUUCGGGAAAUUAGGAAUGCAGUGGAGAUGAUGAUUGCAAGGCUAGACACACAGCUGAAGAAUAAGCUUAUAACACUAAUGGGUCAGAAGACUUCUCUAACACAAGAAACAGAGCUUUUGGAAUCCUUACUUCAGGAGGUAGAGCACCAGUUACGAUCUUGUAGUAAGAGUGAGUUGAUAUCUAAGAGCUCAGAGAUCCUCAUGAUGUUUCAGCAAGUUCAUCGCAAGCCCAUGGCAUCCUUUGUUACCACUCCUGUUCCACCAGAUUUUACCAGUGAAUUAGUACCAUCUUAUGAUUCAGCUACUUUUGUUUUAGAGAAUUUCAGCACUUUACGCCAGAGAGCAGAUCCUGUUUACAGUCCACCUCUUCAAGUUUCAGGACUUUGUUGGAGAUUAAAAGUUUACCCAGAUGGAAAUGGAGUUGUUCGUGGUUACUACUUAUCUGUGUUUCUGGAACUCUCAGCUGGCUUGCCUGAAACUUCCAAUUUUUUUAAUGUUAGAUAUGAAUAUCGUGUAGAAAUGGUUCAUCAGUCCUGCAAUGAUCCUACGAAAAACAUCAUUCGAGAGUUUGCAUCUGACUUUGAAGUUGGAGAAUGCUGGGGUUAUAAUAGAUUUUUCCGUUUGGACUUACUUGCAAAUGAAGGAUACUUGAAUCGACAAAAUGAUACAGUAAUUUUAAGGUUUCAGGUUCGUUCACCAACUUUCUUUCAAAAAUGCCGGGACCAGCAUUGGUAUAUUACUCAAUUGGAGGCUGCACAGACUAGCUAUAUCCAACAAAUAAAUAACCUUAAAGAGAGACUUACUAUUGAGUUAUCUCGAACUCAGAAAUCAAGAGAUUUAUCACCACCAGCUAAUCAUCUUAGCCCCCAAAAUGAUGACAGUCCUGAGACACGAUCUAAGAAGUCUGGGUCUUGUGCUGACAUGCUUCUCCAGGAUGGUCCUAUUUCAGCUUCUGUAAGAGAGGCCAAAGAGGAUGAAGAUGAGGAGAAGAUUCAAAAUGAGGAUUAUCAUCAUGAGCUUUCAGAUGGGGAUCUGGAUCUGGAUCUUGUUGGUGAAGAUGAAGUAAACCACCUCGAUGGUAGCAGUUCCUCUGCCAGUUCCACAGCAACAAGUAACACGGAGGAAAAUGACAUUGAUGAAGAAACUAUGUCUGGAGAAAAUGAUGUGGAAUACAACAACAUGGAAUUGGAAGAGGGAGAACUGAUGGAAGAUUCAGCUGCUGCAGGACCUCCGGGUGGUAACCAUGGCUAUGUUGGUGCCAGUAGUAGAAUGUCAAGAAGAACACACUUAUGUUCUGCUACUACAAGUAAUUUAUUAGACAUUGAUCCUUUCAUUUUAAUGCAUUUGUUGGACCUUAAGGGCCGGAACAGUAUGGAAAGUUUGUGGGGCUUACAACCUCGCCCACCUGCUUCACUGUUGCAGCCCACAGUUUCAUAUUGUCGAAAAGAUAAAGAUCAAAGGAAACAGCAGGCAAUGUGGCGAGUUCCCUCUGACUUAAAGAUGCUAAAAAGACUGAAAACUCAAAUGGCUGAAGUUCGAUGUAUGAAGACUGAUGUAAAGAAUCCACUCUCAGAAAUAAAAAGCAGCAAUGCUCCUUCUGGAGACAUGCAGACAAGCCUUUUUUCUGCUGACCAGGCAGCUCUGGCUGCAUGUGGAACUGAAAACUCUGGCAGACUACAGGAUUUGGGAAUGGAGCUCUUGGCAAAGUCAUCAGUUGCCAGUUGCUACAUACGAAACUCCACAAAUAAGAAGAGUAAUUCACCCAAGCCAGCUCGGUCCAGUAUAGCAGGUAGUCUAUCACUUCGAAGAGCAGUAGACCCUGGGGAAAAUAGCUAUUCAAGGGGAGACUGUCAACCUCUGUCUGAAGUUUCCCCAGGAAGCUCUCAGUCUGGGAGCAGGCACAGUUCUCCCCGAGCCUUGACACAUGGCAGUUUCGGUGAUAUUCUGCCGAAAUCUGAAGACCUGCAGAGUCAGGCUUUGGAUUCAAAUGCUAUUGUGGUUGCAGUUAUCAAUGGCUUACCUGCUGUUGAGAAAAGGAGGAAGAUGGUCACCUUGGGGGCUAAUGUUAAAGGAGGUCGUCUGGAAGGAAUGCAAAUGACUGACUUGGAAAAUAAUUCUGAAACUGGGGAAUUACAGGCUAUACUGCCUGAAGGAGCUUCAGCUGCCCCUGAGGAAGGAAUGAGUAGCGACAGUGAUGUGGAAUGUGACACCGAGAAUGAGGAGCAGGAAGAGCACACCAGCCUGGGCGGAUUCAACGACGCUUUCACAGCACAGCCCCCAGAUGAAGAUACGCAUUCCAGUUUUCCUGAUGGUGAACAAAUAGGCCUUGAAGAUCUCAGCUUCAAUACUGAAGACAACAGUGGAAGGAUCCAGACCAGGAUGCCACAAUGCAAUUAGUUGUCAUGUCUCCUUCCGUCUGUGACAGUUCCUCAGUCUCUUCUUGUUUUUCAUGACCUUGACAUUGUUGAAGACAACCAAUUAUAGUUGACCCUUGAAAAACAUGGGUUUGAACUUCAUAGGUCCACUUACAUGCAUGUUUUUUUCCCAAUAAGUAUAUAGUUGGCCCUCUGUGUCUCUGGGUUUUACACCUGCUUAUUCAGCCAAGCAAGGAUCAAAAACAGUAUGCUGACUGUAUGCAUUGUUCUUCAACAUUUUAUAUAAGGGACUUGAGCAUCCAUGGGUUUUGGUGACUGCUGGAACCAAUCCCCCACAGAUACCCAGGGAUGACUAAAGUUUUGGGGGAGUCAGAAGUUUUGACUGUGUGGGAGGUCACUGCCCCUAACCACUGUCUUGUUCAAGAGUCAACUGUAUUUUAUAGAAUGUUUCUCUAUUUGGAUUUGUCUGAUAUUUUCUCAUUUUCAGUUGAGCCUGUGUGUUAUUGGGAAGGCUACCACAGAAGUGAUAUACCCUUCCAAGUGCGUCGGAUCAGGGGCUGUUUGGUGCAGAUGCUUAUUAUUGGUGAUGUUAAUCUUACUUGGUUAUGGUGGUGUCUGUCACAAUUCCCCCCGUUAAUAUUUUUCCCUUUGUAAUUACUAAAUAUUUAGGGCAAAUACUUUUCAGACUGUGCAAAUAUUUCUGUUCUUAACAGCUAAUUUUAGCAUCCAGUAGUGGAUCUUGCCUAUGGCAGUUAUUACUGCAGUAUUCUAAUGGUGGUUUGUUAUUUCUCCUACAUUUAUUAUUAGAAUUCUUAAGGAAAAGUCCCUUCUUCUCCAUUUUCCCCCCCAGCUACUUAUUUACACGAGUUUUGACUCAUGGAUAUUUAUUCUUUGAAUUGUGUUCCAGUACUGUCAUUAUUUUGCAGUUCAGUUUGUUCCAGUUUUGGCUAUUUGAAGCUCUUUCAGGUUGGCUCCUGUAUCCUUUUGAUAUGUUCCCUGUGUCUCCUUCCUUCCCUCUCUCCCUGUCCUCCCUCUCCUUCCUUCCUUCCUUUCCUUCCUUCCUUCCCUCCCUGCCCCCACAGGAUGCUCCAAGCUCAACCAUGCCCCCUUUUUUGGACAAUCGUAUUUAGAAACAAAGAUUUGUUGACCUAUACUCUUAAGAGAAACAAAUUCACCAACUGCAGUACAGUGCUUUUGUACAGAUUUUAGCCUUUGAGUGUGAUGUCAAAACACUUUUUCCAAAGUUACUUAGAUAUUAUGAUUCAGAGUUACACUAGUGUCUUUUUUCCUAGUCUCUCCAGUGUGAUUAUGUGGCUCAUUUUAAUAUUGUUAGAUUCAUCUGUUAAUCUGCAUUCUCUCUUCCCCCACACAUCCUGGUUGGUUUUUUAAUUUACAUAUAUUAAAUUGCCUUUGUGAUAUACAGUUCUGUGGCUUUUGACAAAUACAGUCAUGUAUCUGCCACUGUACAGAACAGCUCAAUACCCCCAAAUUCCCUUGUGUUGGCUCUUUAUAGGUAAAAUCCCCCACCACCCAGCCCCUGGUAAUUCUCUGUCCUUUUAGUUUUCUCUUUUCCAGACUCAUAUAGAAUUAUUGUAGCCUUUCACUUAGCAUUCUCAUCCAUCUUCUCUAAAUUGGUACUUCAUUCCUUUUUAUUGCCAAGUAAUAUUUCACUGUAUAAAUGUUUAUUCAUUUAACCGUUGAAGGACUUUGGGUUAUUUCCAGUCUUGGGGUGAUUAUGAACUUUAUAAACAUUUUGUAUAGGUU